UCAACGUAGUAAGAUGGUUACAAAAGCCACAACGAUCAAGGAAGCCCUGAAGAGGCUCGAGGAUCGAACUAAGACGAACUCCUGCGACGAUAAGGAGAUCGAUCUUUGUUUCCAGUGGCCGCCGAUCGAAAAAAUGGACGCAACUUUGGGAACCUUGGUCGCUUGCGAGAAGCUUUCUCUUUCGACGAACAUGAUCGAUAAAAUCUUCGGUCUGAAUGGUAUGAAAAAUUUGCGCAUACUUUCGGUCGGAAGAAACUACAUCAAGGCCAUUUCCGGACUGGAAAGUGUGAGCGAUACCCUCGAGGAGCUGUGGUUGAGCUACAAUCUGAUCGAAAAGCUCAAAGGAAUCAACGUGCUGAAAAAGCUCAAAGUGCUCUACAUGAGCAACAACCUGGUAAAGGACUGGGUCGAGUUUAACCGACUGGCGGAUUUGCCCAUGCUGGAGGAUCUGCUGUUUGCCGGGAACCCGCUGGUGGAAUCGAUGGAGGAAAGCGUUUGGCGUGCGGAGGCCAGCAAAAGGUUGCUCUCGCUGAAGAAGCUGGAUGGCGAAACGGUUAUUCGGGAAGAGACCGAGAACCAACAGCAGCCAGCUCCGGCUGGACAGGCGGAAAAGGCUUAAACUUGACAUUGCGUCUUUAAAUUUGAUAGUACAUAUGUUUAGAAUAAACUUGGAUUAUGUGCACC